AUGGGGGGGGGGUGGGGGGGGGGGGGGGGGGGGGGGGGGGGGGGGGGGGGGGGGGGGGGGGGGGGGGGGGGGGGGGGGGGGGGGGUGGGGGGGGGGGGGGGGGGGGGGGGGGGGGGGGGGGGGGGGGGGGGGGGGGGGGGGGGGGGGGGGGGGGGGCGGGGGGGGGGAAUAAAAAAAAAAAAAACAAAAAAAAAAAAAAAAAAAAAAAAAGAAAAAUAA